CACCGCAGGUCCUUUAGCCCACUACUCUUUUCCAGCUCUGGUGCAGGAUUUUUACAUCAUCUCACAGAAUUUUCAUUCAGGUUCCUACAAUAUAGGAUCUGCACAGUGGAUAUCUUCUAUAUAAGAUCCUUCUCCUGAUUGAUGCAUCAAUGAUGGACAGGGACAGAGACAAGAUGGCAGAGAGUAUAAUAAACCUCACCCUAGAGAUCCUCUUCUGGCUUACUGGAGAGGACUACACAGUAGUGAAGAAGACCUCUAGUGGGCGCUGUCAGGCCCCUGUGUCUGAAGGAUGGGGAAGAACCCUAAGCCCAAUCACGGGGCCUCCACCUCACCCCCUAAUACAUGAGGAGAUUAAUAGAGAGAAGAUCCUGGAACUCACCAACAAGAUGAUUGAGCUGCUGACUGGAGAGGUUCCUAUAAGGUUUCAGGAUUUCACCGUCUAUUUCUCUAUGGAGGAGUGGGAGUUUUUGGAAGGACACACAGAUCUGUACAAGGACGUCAUGAUGGAGGAUCACCAGCUGCUUACAUCACCAGAUGACUGUACCAGAAUCUCAGAUGGGCAUGUGACAUCUUCAGAUUUUAAAACAGAGGAUUAUGCUAUUAAACAAAAUACAAGUGAAGAACAUGCCAUAAUCCCAGGUGUACCCUCAGGUCUUCUCAGCAAAGAUUCAUCAUGUGAUUCUUUUAAAUAUUUCCAAUCUUCUGAUUUAUCACCGAUUGCAAAGGAACAGAAAAGCCACAAAAUGGGUGUUGAACAUCAAGCAGAGGAGAAGCCGUUUUCAUGUUUGGAAUGUGGAAAAUGUUUUAAACAUAAAUCUGCUGUUCUUAUACAUCAGAGAAUUCACACAGGGGAGAAGCCAUAUUCAUGUCCAGAAUGUGGGAAAUGCUUUACAGAUAAAUCACAUCUUCUUAGACAUGAGAGUAGUCACACAGGGGACAAGCCAUAUUCAUGUUCAGAGUGUGGGAAAUAUUUUAGCCAGAAAUCAGAUCUUGUUAGACAUCAAAUAACACACACAGGUGAGAAGCUGUUUUCAUGCCCAGAAUGUGAGAAAUGCUUUACUCGUAAAUCAUGUCUUGAAAAGCAUUUAAAAAUUCACACAGGAGAGAAGCCAUAUUUAUGCUCAGAAUGUGGAAAAUGUUUUACAGAUAAGUCGAAUCUUGUUAUACAUAAAAGAAGUCACACAGGAGAGAAACCGUAUUCAUGUUCAGAGUGUGGAAAAUAUUUUAUCCAGAAAUGUGAUCUUGUUAGACAUCAAGUAACUCACAUGAGGGAGAAGCCUUUUUCGUGUUCAGAAUGUGGGAAAUGUUUUACUCAGAAGUCAAACCUUGUUUGUCAUCGAAGAACUCACAGAGGGGAGAAACCAUUUUCAUGUUCAGAAUGUGAAAAAUCUUUUACUUGUAAAUCAAAUCUUCUUAGUCAUCAUAAGAAUCAUACAGGGGAGAAGCCAUAUUCAUGUUCAGAAUGUGGGAAAUGUUUUACAGCUAAGUCACAUCUUCUUAGACAUGAGAGGAGUCGCACAGGGGAGAAGCCAUAUUCAUGUUCAGAGUGUGGGAAAUAUUUUAGCCAGAAAUCAGAUCUCGUUAGACAUCAAAUAACACAUACAGGGAAAAAGCCAUUUUCAUGUUCAGAAUGUGGAAGAUGUUUUACAAAAAAAUCUGAUCUUAUUGCACAUGAGAGAAUUCACACAGGGGAGAAGCUAUUUUCCUGCCAAGAAUGUGAGAAAUGCUUUACUCAUAAAUCAUAUCUUAAAAGGCAUUUAAAAAUUCACACAGGAGAGAAGCCAUAUUCAUGCUCGGAAUGUGGGAAAUAUUUUACAGAUAAGUCGUAUCUUGUUAUACAUAAAAGAAGUCACACAGGAGAGAAACCGUAUUCAUGUACAGAGUGUGGAAAAUAUUUUAUCCAGAAAUCUGAUCUUGUUAGACAUCAAGUAACUCACACGGGGAAGAAGCCUUUUUCGUGUUCAGAAUGUGGGAAAUGUUUUACUCAGAAGUCCACCCUUGCUUGUCAUCGAAGAACUCACACUAGAGAGAAGAGACUUUCUUGUUCAUAAUGUGGAAAAUGUUUCACAGAUAAAUCAUAUCUAGUUAUACAUCAGAGAAUUCACACAGGGGAGAAGCCAUUUUCAUGCUUGUAAUGUGGAAAGUGCUUUACAGAUAAAUCAUAUCUUGCUACACAUCAGAGAAUUCACACAGGGGAGAAGCCAUAUUUAUGCUCAGAAUGUGGGAAAUGUUUUACUGAUAAAUCUUUUUAAACAUCAGAGGAGUCAUAAAGGGCAGAAACCAUUUUAAGGUAAUGUAUGUGGAAAGUGUUUUAACCAAAAGCCAGCUCUUAUUGCACAUCAAAGAUAAAAUGUCCAGAAGGAAGAAAAUGUUUCAGCGACAAAUCACAUUUUUAAAACUUAGGAAAGUCAUCUUUUUUUUUUAGCUAUUUUUAUUGGUGAAUAGUACACAGAAAAAAUAUAAACAUAAAGUAAAGAUAAAUGUCAUUAAAGACAAAGGGAAGGCAAUUAACAGCACUACAUGAUGAUUGAGGCUACGUUGACAUCACCGGUAACCUGAUCUUUCAGACUGCUGCGGCAGAAACAGAGUUCACCAGAUCUGGCAUUGGCCGAUGCUGUUGUUCACCGCCAGACCCCACAGACUAUAAUGGCAUCUGGUGAGGAUCUGCUUUAGCUUUAGCCAUGGGUGCCAGGUUUCAGGUGGACAAAAAACAUUUCAUGCAACAUUUUUUGCCGGCUGGAUCCCAUUAUAAUCUACUGGGUCUGGAGGUGAGCAUCAGUAUCUAGAAAUGCUGGAUCCUGAGAACUUCAGCAAGCUGUUCUCUGCUGGAUGAGGUUACUGAUGAUGUGAACAUAGCCGAAGAAAUGUCUGCAAUUAUAACUAAACUUCUGUUAUCAAUAAAACUAAUAGACUCCAGAUAAUGCAGCUGUAGAUCCACCAUGUACAUAGAAUAUUUCACAUUAAGAUCUCAAGACUUGUUACUCGUUAAUAAACAUUUUACUUUUAAA